GUGGGUCGGCCCGGCGGGCUCAUCCGCGAGAGGACCUGGCGGGAGUGCCAGCCAAUCAGAGGCCGCGUUCAGUAGCGUCCGGGCGGGGGCACUUGUGAUUGACUCAGAAUCUUGAUAAGAGGCGGUCGCUAGGCGACCCCACGCGCAAUUCCGGGCGAUGGGAGGUGGGCGUCUCAGCCAAUCAACUUUCGCCACAGACCCAGAGGGGCGUGCCAAAUAGUCCAGGACCAAUCCAUGGCCGAGACAGGGAGGGGCCAUCCUCUCGCCAAUCUGAAGUGCUAGAAGGCGGGCCUGCCAGUCCGUGGACAGCUACGGCGCCAUGAAUAUCUUACCCAAGAAGAGCUGGCACGUCCGGAACAAGGACAAUGUCGCCCGCGUGCGGCGUGACGAGGCCCAAGCCCGGAAGGAGGAGAAAGAGCGUGAGCGGAGGGUGCUGCUCGCUCAGCAAGAGGCCCGCACAGAGUUCCUACGGAAGAAAGCCAGGCAUCAGAACUCACUACCUGCGGCUGAAGCAGCAGCAGCAGCAGAAGCCCCAAGCAGUUCUGGCCCUGUGGAUCUGUUUCGAGAGCUGCUGGAAGAAGGGAAGGGGGUGAGCAGAGGCAAUAAAGAGUACGAGGAAGAGAAGCGACGAGAGAAAGAGAGGCAAGAGAAGGCUCUGGGCAUCCUGACGUACCUGGGCCAGAGUGCAGCAGAAGCCCAGACUCAGCUCCCUUGGUACCAGCUCCCCCCAAGGCGGGGCGGCCCCCCGUCUGGUCCAGGACCAGAUGAGAAGGUCAAGAACCGCCUGGACCCUCUGUGCGAGAUGCAGAAACAUUUGGGGAAGAAGAGAAAGCACAGUGGUGACAAUGGCAGUCACAGCAGAAAGGAAAAGGAGAGACCUGAGAAACGGCCCAAAGAACCCCCAUCCCUGGACCGGCUUCGAGCUGAACGUCUCCAGCGGGAGGCGGCUGAGAGGGCUCGGGCAGAGGCCCUGCUGGCCCGGAUUGGAGGCACGGCAGCCCAGGAGGAUCAGCCAGAAGAGGUGGACGAUCGGCGGAGGCGGUACAACUCCCAGUUCAACCCCCAGCUGGCCCGGCGCCCCCGCCAGCAGGAAGACCCCCUGGCUCACUGACUCUGAGGGGGUACAGGAGAGGCUGCUGCUGCCAGCCGUCAUAUAAAACUAUUUAUUCAUAAAUAUUUUCCAAAAUGAAAA